AUGGCUAGACUUUUUCAACUGCAAGAAAAUUGCCUGCGAGCGAUGGGGCAUAGUGACGACGUGGAUAUUACCGAACACCGAGCACUCGGCUUGAAACAUAUAAGCUCCCUCCUCUUUGUCAUAUCGGCGCAGUAUCCAUUGAUAUCUUAUGUCGUCUACAACCGUAAUGACAUGGAAAAAGUCACAGCAUGUCUGAGUGUAGUGCUUACAAAUAUGCUGACAGUUAUUAAAAUAACUACCUUCCUGGCAAACAGGCGGAUUUUUUGGGAGAUGAUUUGCCUCUUCAGGAAUAUGGAUGAGCAAUCAAGUCAAAGGGAGGAAACGCACUACGUAGCCGAAGCUAAUAAACUAGCGUCCUUUCUGGGCAAGGCAUAUUGCCUGUCCUGCGGCCUAACAGGGAUAUAUUUCAUGCUGGGACCCAUUGUGAAAAUUGUCGGUAGUAGUUGGCAAGGCACAACUUAUGACAGGGAGCUGCCCAUGCCCAUGAAGUUUCCAUUUAACGACCUGGGUAGUCCUGGAUACGAAAUUUGUUUUCUAUAUACCAUACUUGUCACUGUCGUCGUAGUUGCCUAUGCAUCGGCCGUCGAUGGCCUAUUUAUUUCUUUUGCGAUUAAUCUUCGAGCUCAUUUUCAGACUUUGCAUUGGAAAAUCGCAAACGAAGAGUUCGCGUUAUCCGAAAAGCAGUCCCAAGCGAGACUGAAACGAAUUGUGGACUAUCAUGUACUACUGAUUUUCUUAUCCAGAAAAUUACGAGCGAUUUAUACACCCACCGUAUUUGGACAGUUCGUCAUAACAUCGUUGCAGGUUGGCGUUAUAAUAUAUCAACUAGUGACGAACAUGGACUCAGUUAUGGACCUUUUGUUGUAUGCAUCAUUUUUCGGUUCCAUCAUGCUGCAAUUAUUCAUUUAUUGCUAUGGCGGCGAAAUCAUCAAAGCUGAGAGUCUGCAGAUUGAUAUUGCUGUCCAGCUCUCCAACUGGUAUUUGGCUUCUCCGAACCUACGAAGAUCCUUGUCAAUAAUUAUUUUACAGUCCCAAAAAGAAGUCCUUAUUAGAGCGGGCUUCUUUGUUGCUUCUCUAGCGAAUUUUGUUGGGAUUUGCCGAACAGCUUUAUCAUUGAUAACGCUAAUAAAAUCUAUUGAGUAA